ACAUGCGUCAGGGUCCGUGUACACAUCUUCUUCAUCUCAAAUUCUGCAGGGAAGGGGAACUGAGCCGUUGAGACACUUCGUGAAAAUGAAUAAUAAAUAUGGCAUAAUAAUUUUUCCAUUGUAAAUAAAUCUAAGAUACAAGGAUUUAGCACACGGACGAAGUAAAAAAUGAUGCCUUAAGGCAAGAAUGCAGUUUUGGAUAAGUUGCUAUUAUUAGCUGUUAUUUUAGGCAGUUAACAGCACGAUUCUGUGGAGCUCCUGCGUCAGACUUUACGUUCGAUAGUCUGCAUGUCAAUUUCAGCCCGGGCGGUUGCUUUGUGAUUUCGCAUCCUCGCGCGCGCAGGAGCUGGAUGACUGUACGAAGACAGGUUUCUCACAUUGUAGCCAACUCGCUGUUCCACGCACGGUUCUGAGUGUUAUUUACCUGGUUGCUUUGAUAUAAAGACAUCGGAGGUUAUCCCAUAUAAACACCAUAUAAGGGACCAGGACCAGAGAAAGGAACCCGCCCACCUCCCUCUCACACGAAGGGGCUAACGGCCCGCGGACCCAAGCUCCAGCUCUCCCGCACGUCCUGGUCUGAGGCCUACCCCCCCCGGGUUUUUUGGACUGCCACCCACAGUACCCCCCUUUCUCCCUGACUGCUUGCCCCCCGCCCCCCAGCCCUCCCGAUGCCGAAGAACAGCAAGGUGACCCAGCGCGAGCACAGCAAUGAGCACGUCACCGAGUCGGUGGCCGACCUCCUGGCCCUGGAGGAGCCCAUGGACUACAAGAGCAGCGUGAUGAACGUGGGCGGGGCCGCCGGGGGCCCCGCCCUCAAGGUGAAGGAGCCCGACGACACGCCCGACGACGGCGACGGCCGCCCGGCCUGGAACAGCAAGCUGCAGUACAUCCUGGCCCAGGUGGGCUUCUCCGUGGGCCUGGGCAACGUGUGGCGCUUCCCCUACCUGUGCCAGAAAAACGGCGGAGGAGCGUACCUGGUGCCGUACUUCAUCCUCCUCAUCCUCAUCGGGAUCCCGCUCUUCUUCCUGGAGCUGGCCGUGGGCCAGCGGAUCCGACGCGGGAGCAUCGGCGUGUGGAACUACGUCUGCCCGCGGCUGGGCGGGAUCGGGGUGUCCAGCCUGAUGGUGUGUGGCUUUGUGGGGCUCUACUACAAUGUCAUCAUUGGGUGGAGCAUCUUCUACUUCUUCCAGUCCUUCCAGUACCCACUGCCCUGGAGCGAGUGUCCAAUCAGGAGGAACGGAACACAGGCCAUCGUGGAGCCGGAGUGCGACAAGAGCUCGGCGACGACGUACUUCUGGUACCGCCAGACGCUGAACAUCACCAGCACCAUCGCCGACAGCGGCGGCCUCAACUGGAGGAUGACCCUGUCCCUGCUGGCCGCCUGGGUCAUCGUCUGCCUGGCCGUCAUCAAGGGCAUCCAGUCCUCCGGCAAGGUGAUGUACUUCAGCUCUCUCUUCCCCUACGUGGUGCUCUUCUGCUUCCUGGUUCGGGGGCUUCUGCUGAAGGGGGCAGUGGAUGGCAUUGCUCACAUGUUCACCCCCAAGCUGGAGAAGAUGCUGGAGCCGCAGGUGUGGAGGGAGGCCGCCACGCAGGUGUUCUUCGCCCUGGGCCUCGGGUUCGGGGGGGUCAUCGCCUUCUCCAGCUACAACAAGCGCGACAACAACUGCCACUUCGACGCCAUGCUGGUCUCCGUCAUCAACUUCAUCACCUCCAUACUCGCCACCCUGGUGGUGUUCGCCGUGCUCGGCUUCAAGGCCAACAUCAUGAACGAGAAGUGCGUCGUCGAGAACGCGGAGAAGAUCCUGGGGUACCUGAACUCCAACGUGCUGAGCCACGACCUCAUCCCCCCGCACGUGAACUUCUCGCACCUGUCCACCCCGGACUACGCGGAGAUGUACGGCGUGAUAAAGACGGUGCGGCAGGACGACUUCGCCAAGCUGGGCCUGGACCCCUGCCUGCUCGAGGACGAGCUCAACAAGGCGGUGCAGGGGACAGGUCUGGCCUUCAUAGCCUUCACAGAGGCCAUGACCCACUUCCCCGCCUCCCCAUUCUGGUCCGUCAUGUUCUUCUUCAUGCUCAUCAACCUGGGCCUGGGCAGCAUGAUCGGCACCAUGGAGGGCAUCACCUCACCUAUCCUGGACACCUUCAAAGUCCGCAAGGAGAUUUUAACAGUGUGCUGCUGCAUCACGGCGUUUCUCUUAGGCCUCCUCUUCGUGCAGCGGUCAGGGAACUACUUUGUCACCAUGUUUGACGACUACUCUGCCGGCCUUCCGCUCACCAUCGUGGUCAUCCUGGAGAACAUCUCAGUGGCCUGGAUCUACGGCACCAAGAGGUUCAUGCAGGACCUGGAGGACAUGCUGGGCUUCCGGCCGUAUCGCUUCUACUUCUACAUGUGGAAGUACGUGUCUCCGCUGUGCCUGCUCGUGCUCAUCGGCGCCACCGUCAUCGAGAUGGCCAUCAGCCCGCCGGGCUACAACGCCUGGGUGCAGGACCUGGGUGCGGAGCAGUUCAAGAGCUACCCGCCGUGGGCGCUGGCCAUGUGCUUCGCCCUCAUCAUCGUGGCCAUGCUGCCCCUGCCCAUCGUCUUCAUCGCCCGCCAGUUCAACCUGAUGUCGGACGGCUCCAACAAGCUGUCGGUGUCCUACCGGAAGGGCUGCAUGAUGAAGGACAUGUCCAACCUGGAGGAGCACGACGAGACGCGCUUCAUCCUGAGCAAGAACCCCAGCGAGACGCCCUCCCCCAUGCCCACCCACCGGUCCUACCUGGGCCCCGGGAGCACCUCCCCCCUGGAGCCUGCAAACCUCGCCCCCACCGGCCGCUACGGCACCGGCUACCAGAACGCCACCACGCCAGAGUCCGAGCUAUGAUCCCGACCCCGCCCCGCCCCUGCCCCAGCCCCGCCCCCUUCAGGCAGGAUGACACGCCCCUUCCUCAAACCAGGGAGUUCAGCCAGGGGGUGCUGAGGAACGCCCCCAUCUCACUCCCUACCCUCAGAGCCCUCAUCCAGCACCCCCCAAUCUGCCAAAUACCCCCCCCCCCGCCGCCGCGCACCCAUCUCAGAAUAAAGCUGCCUGUGGGACCCGGAGCCUGUUCUGUGUGGCUCCAAUCAGAGUCAGUCUGUUACUGAGCCCCCAGCUGCCAGCUCUCAGUCUCUGCUGGCCCAUAGCACAGCUCCAGCAUUCCCAUUAUAGCACAGCUCCAGCAUUCCCAUUAUAGCACAGCUCCAGCAUUCCCGUUAUAGCACAGCUCCAGCGUUCCCAUUAUAGCACAGCUCCAGCAUUCCCGUUAUAGCACAGCUCCAGCAUUCCCGUUAUAGCACAGCUCCAGCGUUCCCAUUAUAGCACAGCUCCAGCGUUCCCAUUAUAGCACAGCUCCAGCGUUCCCAUUAUAGCACAGCUCCAGCGUUCCCAUUAUAGCACAGCUCCAGCAUUCCCGUUAUAGCACAGCUCCAGCAUUCCCGUUAUAGCACAGCUCCAGCAUUCCCGUUAUAGCACAGCUCCAGAGUUCCCAUUAUAGCACAGCUUCAGCAUUCCCGUUAUAGCACAGCUCCAGCAUUCCCUUCAUAGCACAGCUCCAGCAUUCCCAUUAUAGCACAGCUUUGGCGUUCCUGUUCUGACAGUUCCAGAAUUCCCAUUCUGGCAUUCCUGCACAACCACGGCAUUCCUGUUUUGGCACAGCUCUGAUGUUCCCUUUCCAGGGCAGCUCUAGGCCAGUACAGUUUAUGGAGUUGGAAACACUGCCGUACUGAACACAGCACCCACAAACACUGAGCCGCACUGAACACUGCACCCACAAACACUGAGCCUUACUGAACACUGCAUCCACAAACGCUGAGCUUUACUGAACACUGCACCCAUAAACUCUGAGCUGCACAGAACACUGCAGCCACAAACACUGAGCCUCACUGAACACUGCACCCACAAACACUGAGCCAUACUGAACACUGCAUCCACAAACACUGAGCCGUACUGAACACUGCAACCACAAACACCGAGCCUUACUGAACACUGGACCCACAAACACUGAGCCAUACUGAACACUGCACCCACAAACACUGAGCCCUACUGAACACUGCACCCACAAACACUGAGCUGUACUGAACACACUGCACCCACAAACUCUGAGCCGCACAGAACACUGCAACCACGAACACUGAGCCCUACUGAACACUGCGCCCACAAACACUGAGCCUGUAUUUCUGCAGUAAGGAUGGCUUAAGGUGAAGGUGAGGGAAGAAUAGAGGAAAGGAAUAAAGAAUUCUUACUCUGCUUUCCAAACAAAAAUGCUGUAAAAUGUCAUCAGAAUGUGCAUUAAUACACAUAUGAUACUUCCAAAAAUACCUUAGCACUAGCAGAGUAAGAAAAAGGUUAUCUACCAUUAUCACAGAACUGUUGUUGAUAUAAUAGUACAGUAUAAGAGAAUAUCCUACUUUAUUUCCCCAAGGGGGAAUUCUUCAGAAAGUGCACAAUCUAGAGAAACAGCACAUGUUGUAAUAAGGUGAGUAAUAAGUCAUUAUUGUGAUUCGCUUUCUGCUGCUGGGUGAAGUUGCGUUGUAGAUGAGUUGUGAUUCUUUGCAGUGCUAUAUUCACCUCUGUAGAUCUGGUCCUCUAUUUGUUAAGCACAAAUGUCCCUUCACCUCCUCAGACAUUGAUGCACAGAUACAUACUGGAUCGCUUCUGUUGUGACAGGCUGCAGUCAGCUGUGUUUAACACACGUUUUGUAGUUAAUUUAAAUUCUCAGAGAAAACUCCUUUAGGCUCUCGCCUGCCCCCACCCCUCCGGUGGGGGAGAAUCGGUCUUCUGUGGGCAGUGGAAAAUUUCGGCUGCUCCCCUGAAGGUCAUUGUUGUUGGGAUUGGCGACUGCAGCACGGUUGUGUGCGGUUAGGGACCGUGGUAAAGACCGCACCAGACUGCGGGAUUGGCGACUGCAGCACGGUUGUGUUCGGUUAGGGACCGUGGUAAAGACGGCACCAGACUGCGGGAUUGGAGACUGCAGCACGGUUGUGUGCGGUUAGGGACCGUGGUAAAGACCACACCAGACUGUGGGAUUGGAGACUGCAGCACGGUUGUGUGUGGUUAGGGACCGUGGUAAAGACCACACCAGACUGCGGGAUUGGUGACUGCAGCACGGUUGUGUUUGGUUAGGACCGUGGUAAAGACCACACCAGACUGUGGGAUUGGCGACUGCAGCACGGUUGUGUUCGGUUAGGGACCGCGGUAAAGACUGCACCACACUGCAUGCGUGAGGGUCUGGCAUGCACUGCCGGGAUUGGAGAUUGCACGUUGGGCAGAGGGGAUCUCGAAGGCCCGUCUCUGAAAGUGCUCAUUUUAACCUGCGUAUGGCAGGGCUACACAGGGACUGUGUGCACAGUGUAACAUAAGAUUCAUACAGUUAUACAAGCUGUGUUCACCUGCACAGGCCAAGUGAUAAUCAUAGAAGCUAGCACACUUGUUAAAGGAGAAAUGUAGUUGUUUAGGUAGCAUAGCUUCAGUAUUAUGUGUAAGGCCAUUGUGAGGUGGAUGCAUUUUGUUAAAGCACACGUCUAGUCAGGCCUGUAUUCAUUAAGCUUUAGAAGAGGACAGAGGGUUUAUUAUGAGUCUGUCAGCAGCACAGAGCAGAACAGCUGAGCAACUGGCCUGCUGGCUGGGAACUGUGUGUCUGUGCUGCAUGCGUGUCUGUGCUGCGUGCAUGUCUGUGCUGCAUAUCGGGGCUGCACUUGGUGAGCUGUGUGUCUGUACUGCACUUGGUAAGCUGUGUGUCUGUGCUGUGUGUCUGUACUACACUUGGUGAGCUGUGUGUCGUGUCUGUACUGCACUUGGUGAGCUGUGUGUCUGUACUGCACUUGGUGAGCUAUGUGUCUGUGCUGUGUGUCUGUACUGCACUUUGUGAGUUGUGUGUCUGCUGUGUGUCUGUACUGCACUUGGUGAGUUGUGUUUCUGUGCUGUACUAUGUUUAUGCUGCACUGUGUUAGUGCUGCGCAUCUGUGCCUCACUGUCUGUUCUGCACUGUGUCUGUGCUGAUUGUCUGUGCCUCACUGUGUCUGUGCUGCUCUGUGUCUGUGAUGUCCUGUGUCUGUGCCUCACUAUCUGUUCUGCUCUGUGUCUGUGCCUCAUUGUGUCUGUGCUGCACUGUGUUUGUGCUGAUUGUCUGUGCCUCAUUGUGUCUGUGUCUGUGUCUGUGCUGCGCUGGGAGAGCAGCCUGUCUGUGCUGCGCUCCUGAGUCUGUGCAGCGCUGCCAGUAUUAUAAAUAGCUCAGACUCUCCCAGGGGAGGCUGUGUGUCAGAGACACUGAGGCAGGCUGCUAAUGAAGCUGCCCUGGCAGCACAGAGCCUGUGAGACGCGCUGUCACACCGUCAGCUUACAAACGCUGCAGCAACGCUCAGAGAACACUUUACAAACGCUCAGAGAACACUUUACAAACGCUCAGAGAACACCUUACAAACGCUCAGAGAACACCUUACAAACACUGCAUCAACGCUCAGAGAACACCUUACAAACGCUGCAUCAACGCUUAGAGAACACCUUACAAACACUGCAUCAACGCUCAGAGAACACCUUACAAACGCUGCAUCAACGCUUAGAGAACACCUUACAAACACUGCAUCAACGCUCAGAGAACACCUUACAAACGCUGCAUCAACGCUUAGAGAACACCUUACAAACGCUCAGAGAACAUCUUACAAACGCUGCAUCCACACUCUGAGAACACUUUACAAACCCUGCAUCAACGCUUAGAGAACACCUUACAAACGCUCAGAGAACACCUUACAAACACUGCAUCAACGCUCAGAGAACACCUUACAAACGCUCAGAGAACAUCUUACAAACGCUACAUCAACGCUCAGAGAACACUUUACAAACGCUCAGAGAACACCUUACAAACGCUACAUCAACACUCUGAGAACACUUUACAAACGCUACAUCAACAUUGGGAUAACACCUUACAAACACUACAUCAACAUUGGGAUAACACCUUACAAACGCUACAUCAACAUUGGGAUAACACCUUACAAACGCUACAUCAACAUUGGGAGAACAUUACACUGCUUAGUUCAUAGGGAUCACAAGGUUGGAAGAUGAAAAAAUUAAUGUGCAGUUUUUAAUCGUUUGGAAGUGGAAGUUUUUGAAAAUGAAAUAUCAGAUGAAUCAUGAAGUGAAAUAUUAUGACCACCAAGUGUUACUACGCAGAACAAAUAGAAAAUACACUGAGCUGAAACAUGGGGAGAAUCCAGUAUGUUCUGUGGCCUGAUGCCUCCACAGUGGCCUUCAGAAAGGACACCAGAAUCCAGUAAAGAGAUAGCAGAGCACUUCUUAUGUAAAGGAGGUGAAGUGGUGCACAUUUUAUGUAAAGCACAGCCUUGUGUUGAACUACAGUCAAGCACAGCUAACCUACGCAUGGUCUUAUUGGCCUGUAGGGGCGAUUUGUGUUGUGUUGGUAGUCAUGGUCAUGGACUGAUAGUUAAGAGGACCAGGUUGUGCACUUCACCAUGGGUAGAGGCUCUGGACCUACACCGUGCAAGGCACAGACUGAGUUAUCCACUGUGCCGACGCCAACAGCUGCAGCUGUGUCACACCUCCCUAGUUCCCCAUGAAACACUGCCCCCUAGUGUCAGACCAGCUAAUUUCCUGGUGUUGCUGUAGUUUGACAGGAGACCUCUGCUUUAUUGGGGAACACACUGCCUUAGAGUCAUCCCUAUCGGCAGCCAUUUUAGAGGACACUACAGAGAGCACGCAAUUCUGAGUGAGAAAAACAGAGGCACAAUGUCAGAUGAUAGCACAACCUGGAAAAAGUCGAAACAUUUGUAUGUGACUUUAAUGAAUUUAAUGUGAUAACUAGCGGAAGAACUACAUACAGUAUAUAUAUUUACACAUAUACCCUCAUCAUUCAGCCUGAUGUCAGACAGAUAUAACUCAGAGCACAAGGAAUGCAUGAGAUAUUGAUGUGAUCUCAUUCCAUGUCUCAAACAUGCAUUGCUUUAAAGGUGGAAAAUGGGAAGGGGAGGCGGUUGUGUAGAAUGCUCCUCACCGUUUUCAAAUGCGCCCUGUAAAUUGCUCCGAGCUGGCCGUGUUGGCGCAGGUCAGGACAGCACACUUAACCCUUAUGGGUUUUUAAUGCAGCCAGAUGCCCACAAGAGAUGAGGUCAUAAAAUUAGACCAGCAGAAGACCGUAAAGCCCUUCAGUAGAGAUUAAUGAGGGGCGGGAGGGUCCGUACAUCCCGCAUGAAGGAAUCUGUGGAGCCGUGUCCGCCGUGGCCGCCCAGCCGAUAGGCGUACUCGGUUCGUUUCUCGCUCAUCGUUUACGCUCAACCCAAAGCAUCUCGGACAAUCGAAACGGGGAGCAGGAAGUGACACCUCUCUCCCUACUCGCCUCCUGGGGUGUGUCCCAAUACUCGAAAAAUGCAUCCCCCUUUCCUCCAUUACUAUUUCAUCUCCUCACCUACUUUCCUCCACUACCACCUCCCCUCCUCACCUACUUUCCUCCACUACCACCUCGUCUCCUCUGUCCCCCGGAAACCCAUCUUUCUGUCCUCCCUCCCUCCCUCCCUCCAGUGUCCCAAAAUCGUAGGAGACGAGCGAAGCGCACUGAACUGUGUUGGUGAUGUGACUUCAAACUCGUCUGCUCCCCUCCUUUCCUCCAUACUUCUGGUUAGGAGAUGAGUGAUAGUGGGGGAGUGGAGGAAAGGAGGAGAGGAGAUGAUUGGUAUUGGAGGAGUGGGGGAAAGGAGGAGAGGAGAUGAGUGGUAGUGGGGGAGUGGGGGAAAGGAGGAGAGGAGAUGAGUGGUAAUGGGGGAGUGGAGGAAAGGAGGAGAGGAGAUGAGUGGUAGUGGGGGAGUGGAGGAGAGGAGAUGAUUGGUAUUGGGGGAGUGGGGGAAAGGAGAGGAGGAGUGAAAAGUAAUAGGACGCACUCCUGGAGGUAUAAAGCAGGCGUUUGAAAAGGUAGCGCUCCCCUCUUCUCUGUCUCCACCUCUUCUCCUUUCCACACUAUAGCUGGACAGCAGGAGGUGUGUCAUUCCCACUGUCAGUCACAUAUGUGAACCAAUCAGAGCUCCUGGGUCUCUGCUCCCCUUGGGUAGGUCUUGCCCUAUUACAAUAAGUGAAUUCGAUUUUUGGUUGACUAUUUUUUUAAAGUACAGUAAUGUCUUAUUUAUUUUUUUAAUUGUGAUGCUAGAAGCCAUAGUAUUAGUGUCAAAAUAAAUCAAUAUAUUUAUAUUACUUGUAUAUUGAAUCUGUAUAUGUCUGUGUACAUUGUUAACUUCACAAUGAAGGCGAUCUAUAAAAGUGUCAAUCAAGGUGAAUAUAUUUCAUCCUUCACGUUGUAUAUAUGAUCAUUGUAUAUUUGGAAAUAUAACUUUUGUAGGCGUUGUCUCUUUCUGUCUUGAUGUAAGUUUGGGUGGAUAUUUCGGGACAGGUUUAGGACAGGUUUGUGACCUUUCGGUGUUCUCCUCCUUUGAUGUUGCCUGUUCUUUUUUUCGUUCUCGCCCCCGUCGCGACGCGCCAGCGACCAGGGAUCGCUCUGACGAGAGUCCCGCGCUUGACAUUCCCUUCCCCUCUAAACCCAAACGCGCGCCUUUUCAGAAUUAGCUUUUUCGGCAGCCCUUGAUGGUUCCUGUGUCUUGAGGUGUGUUUUUAGGUUUGGUGUUUGUGCCCCUGCCGUGGUGGUGCGAGCCUCACAGCGUUCCCUGGAGCUCCGAGGCCGCACCCCACGCUCCGCUCACUGAAACACUCCGAACGUCAGCAUGAAACCGCCGCUUUCACGCGGUUGGCCAUUUUGUCCGAGCGCUAACAAUGAGGAUGUGACUACUGAGCUGUACAUGAUCAUUUUGGUACAAUAACGUCCAACUGUUUGCCUGAGCAAUCAUUUUGUCUUUAAAUUACACUUUUAAAAAAAAAUUGAAAAAGAAAUGGAGGAAAAGGUAAAAUAGCUUGUACAUAAUAUGAUAUAAAUGUUGUAAUGCUGCCGACUGGAAGUGAAAUUUUCCGUGGGUGAAAUUACUGUUGACUGUGAAUGUAUCUGCACUUUUUGUUACCCUCCUCGAGGUGUUUUUGUAAAUCCUGCUGCUCACUGCCCCCCAUUGCCCCAGAUACCCCACCCCACCCCACCCCACCCCGCCCCGCCCCGCUAUGAUAGCCGGACCCGAACCUGAUAUUGUAUCUGUCCCUGUAGAAAGCAAUAUUUCGGCAGUAUCAGCUGGUUCCAGUCAAGGUUCAGCUCUUCAGAGCUGGCCGGGAAGCUGCAUGGAGGUCCACUGCACUCCUUCGUCUGUUGUGGCGUGUUUGCGUGCGUGUGUGCGCGUGCGUGUUUGUACGCGCGUGUGUUUGUACACGUGUGUUUUUCUCUCGCUUAUUAUCAGUACAGUAGUGUUGCGCUUCGCCGAGCACAGGUAACCGGUGGCAACCCGCCAUUCCAAUCGAAGUACACCCGGAGCUCUCUCUCUCUCUCCACAGCUGAAGAUACAAGUAUUCCGUUGUAUGUGUCAAGGCAAUUGUACGAUAUCCAAACUGUGUGGAGAACAUCAGAACAAUGAGUCAUGGAUAUCUUCAAAAACAUCAAUAAAGACCGUAUGAUAUUGUUGUUCUUA